AUGGUGGUGAAAAGAGCAGUAGACUCAUCUACCAUCUAUCUUGCUUUCCUUGGAGUAAAAAAAAAACGUGAAGGACGAAUUCUAUACAGGUCAGAGGCAACUUCGAAUUCAAGCGCCAGGAAAAGAAACACUGACAUUUCUUGUACCGAAAUGGACUUUAAGGCUGACUCGGUAAAUGAAGUGUCAGUUGAGUAGAUUGACGUGGACACUGAAAGCAACAAUGUUUCACCGACUCUUUCCUUUUGUGAUGCUGAGACGCAAACUGAAAUAACCGAAGAAUUUCUCGAUCGAUUGGAAGUUGAAUUAAAAUCCACUGGCGAGGAAAAAGACAAAUUAGCAAAAAAAAAAGACGAGUUGACUAGAGAUUCAAAGAGACUUCAGCAUGCACUGAAAAAUCCGAAGUUUGGCAUUUCAAAAUUUAAGGAAAGGAUGAAGAUAUCGAAUUUUACACUGGCCUUCCACACUGGGAUGCACUUAUGCUUCUUUACGAUAUGUUACAUAACAAGGCCCAGAACUUAA